UCCCCCCCCCCCCCGUAUUUCUUGCCUGCGCGUCGUCCAACGGCCGAUAAUCGACUUGCCGUUGCAGCAACGGCAGCCCGACGGCUCUCAGCGUAUUAAGACUGCUCGCCGUGGCCGUCACCGAAGGACAACGACGCGGGCUCAGAAGCGAGUGAGUUGCGAUGGCUGACGGUCGCUGGAUUUUCGCUGCCCUACUGCUGCUCGCUGUCUCAGCUGGCUUCACGUCGGCCGUAUUCGACGUCGUUGAACACCAAAAAUGCGGAGGCGAGUUCUCGCAGAUCAGGAUUGAGCCCUGCCCACAACUGCCGUGCCAUUUCAAGAAGGGGAAGCCGCUCAAGCUUCAAGUUGACUUCGUCGCUGCGGAGAGUUUCCAGAAGUUGGAGAUGAAGCUUCGAGGCGAGCUCAGCAACAAGGUGUGGCUGCCGUUCCCUGGCUUCCGCAAGAACGCCUGCAAAAACAGCGGCCUCACGUGCCCUUUGGAGGUCGGCAAAUCGUACACGCUGCAGUCCACGCUCAAUGUCCUCUCAAGUUUUCCAUCGGUGGACGCCAACGUGGAAUGGAGCAUGAAGGGGGACAACAAGACCAUUUUCUGUUUCCUCGUGCCUGUCAAAGUUGUCGAUUAAA